CGGCUGUUCCGGCCCCUCCCGCCGCGGCGAAGGGGCGCCCAAUGGCCGCCGUAAAGGGGCCGGGCCCGAGGCCGAGUAGACACGUGUCCCCGCACCGCCCGUUCACACGUACAACCGCGCGGUAGCCCCGCGGCGGGGAGGGAGCGAAGCUGUCCCCAGCUAUGGAGAGCUUCCUGAGAGGCUGCAGGGCCGCCCUUCAGGUCACCAAGAACACCCUCUUUUGCCCUGGGCUCCCUCGACAAACCCCUUCUCUGGAAGCUCUCUCUUUCCCACAGAGCAGGCCUGUGGCCGCACACGUGUCCCCGGGCGAACACAUUCAGAGCAGAAAGGAAGUCCACGUGGUGCUCGGGAACGAGGCCUGCGAUCUGGACUCUACGGUGUCCGCCUUGGUCCUUGCCUACAUCUUGGCGAAGACAUCUCCAGACUCGAAGGCGGCCUUCGUUCCUGUCAUCAACAUCCCCCGUUUAGACUUCCCGCUACGUACAGAGAGCACCUUCCUUCUCCAGCAGCAACAGAUCCCUGGGAAUGCCCUUGUCUUCCGGGAUGAGAUCGAUCUGGCUGGCUUGCACCGGGCGGGCCUGCUGUCCCUGACGCUGGUUGACCACCACGUCUUGCCAAGCAGGGACGCGGCGCUGGAGUCGGCUGUGGUCGAGGUGGUGGACCACCGCCCCCUGGAGAGGGAGAGGGCCCCUCCCUGCAGAGUCAAAGCCGAGCUGGUGGGCUCCUGUGCCACCCUGGUGACCGAAAGGAUCCUGCUGGGGCCCGUGCACACUUUAGACAGCCAGGUGGCUGCUCUGCUGUACGGAACAAUCUUGCUGGACUGCGUGAACAUGGCUGCCGAAGCGGGCAAAGUGACUCCGAAGGACAGUCAUUACAUUUCUCUUCUGGAAUCGAUGUUCCCCGAGCUGCAGCCAAGAAACGACGUCUUUGACGCCCUGCAGAGAGCCAAGUUUGAUGUCUCAGGCCUCACCACGGAGCAGAUGCUGCGGAAGGACCUCAAGAGCCUUGCCGGCAAGGGAACAGCGGUGGCCAUCAGUGCCAUAUACGUCGCUCUUCGGGAUUUCUUGCACCGUCCUGGGCUGGAGCAGGACCUGGGUGCCUUCUGUCGCCAAAGGGGCUACGAUGCGCUGAUCGCCAUGACCAUCUCCUUCACUGAAUGCAGCGAGCCAUUCCGGCAGCUGGCGGUGUACGGGCAGCAGGCUGAGCUUCGGGCAGCGGUCUGCCAAGCCUUGGAGCACUCUAGCAGCCCGCCCCUCAGCCUCUCCCACCUCGAGAGCCCGUGCCCCACCAUCCGCGCCUACCACCAGGGUAACACCACCGCCUCCCGCAAGAAAGUCCUUCCGAUCGUCCAAGAAUUCCUGCGGCAGCGGGCUGGGCACGAUCCUACCGGCCCCAGCAUGCAGACAGAUGUUUCUGGCGGCGGCCCCCCAACGAGGGUGGAGCCCCAAGGCGCGGGGAGCCGUGACGCGGACUGCAACGUGGCUGCGAAAGAUCCCCCGAAGCCCCACUGCCCGGGGGAGGACUUGGCGGAUGAUGACACCCCCCUGCCGCCAACCCCGAUGAACAGCCUGGUGGAUGAGUGCCCCCUGCACCAGGGCCUCCCCAGGGUCUCCCCCGAGGCCAUCUUCGAGAAGGUCACCCGCAUGGCCACGGAUCGCUCUCUGGCCAGCCGGAGCCCCACAAAGAAGUGAUUCCGGGCCCACGCCGGGCACCUCUGAAUUCAGGGGGUGGGCGUGGAGGGCCGGGAACCCCGUUCGUUUGGCUGAAUUAAUUGUAUGACAUGAUCGGUGAUUAAUCCCCAUUGCAGUGAGCAGAAAGGAAGGCUGGGGUGGGGGCUACCACCACUAAGGGUGGGGGUCAAGAUUAAAUUGACGACCCGCUGCACAAUUGCAGAAGAGCACAGCGGGGCCGUUCUGAUCCUCUGGGACAGAACUGGUGGGCGCAGCGUUCCCGCGCCCCAACCCCCUUUCCUUCUGCAUCCUUCAAAACAGUUCCAGCUGAUGAUGAGGACAGGAUAUUGGGGUCCCCAGAAAUGCUUUCCCUGGUUGUGGGGAGGGGGACUUAGUUCAAAUGCUGUUUAUGCAACAGUGACGCGCACUCAGACCCACCAAAAAAUGUUCUGGAGCUGCAUUUUUAAACUUUUUUUUUUUUUUGGCACAAGCCGAGUGUGUGAAAACCUCCCAUUAACGGGGACUGAGUUCUGAGGGUGGAUUUCAGAAUGUCUCUAUCAAAUGGAGGACAAAGGGGGACCCUAUGAAAUGUAGAAAGCGCAUGAAAUGUAGAAAGCGCUGUUGCGCUCUCUAGAUUGCAAACACGUGGUGGGAAGGCUCCAGCAGAGCAUUUUCUGGUAGGCCGAGUAGAAUGAGACUUGGGCUAAUACCCCACUACUGAAUAAAAGCACCCGUAUCCUGUUACUUAAA